CUCACCGUUCGCGAGGAAUGUAGAGACGGCUGGUGGACCGAUUGAGAGCUGUAGGUCUUAAAGGACAUCACGGUUGUGAGCGAAACAAAAGGCUUGCUGCUGGUAGCCUACCAAUUUCAUCAUGAGGGAGAUUGUGCACAUCCAGGCUGGUCAGUGUGGAAAUCAGAUUGGCGCAAAGUUCUGGGAAGUAAUUAGUGAUGAGCAUGGCAUCGACCCGACUGGCAGUUACCAAGGUGACAGUGACCUGCAACUGGAAAGGAUAAACGUGUACUACAAUGAAGCCUCCGGCAAUAAGUUUGUCCCUCGUGCCAUCCUGGUGGACCUGGAGCCAGGCACCAUGGACUCUGUCCGCUCUGGCCCCUUCGGACAAAUCUUCAGGCCAGAUAACUUUGUUUUCGGUCAGAGUGGUGCUGGAAAUAACUGGGCCAAGGGACACUACACGGAAGGAGCCGAGCUGGUCGACUCCGUCCUGGACGUGGUGAGGAAGGAGUCAGAGAACUGUGACUGCCUGCAGGGCUUCCAGCUCACCCACUCUCUGGGCGGCGGCACCGGCUCGGGCAUGGGCACCCUGCUCAUCAGCAAGAUCCGCGAGGAGUACCCCGACCGCAUCAUGAACACCUUCAGCGUCAUGCCCUCGCCCAAAGUGUCCGACACCGUCGUGGAGCCCUACAACGCCACGCUCUCCGUGCAUCAGCUGGUGGAGAACACCGACGAGACCUUCAGCAUCGACAACGAGGCCCUCUACGACAUCUGCUUCCGCACGCUCAAGCUCACCACCCCCACGUACGGCGACCUCAAUCACCUGGUGUCGGCCACCAUGAGCGGAGUGACCACCUGCCUGCGCUUCCCCGGCCAGCUCAACGCCGACCUCCGCAAGCUCGCCGUCAACAUGGUGCCCUUCCCCCGCCUGCACUUCUUCAUGCCCGGUUUCGCGCCGCUGACCAGCAGGGGCAGCCAGCAGUACCGCGCCCUGUCCGUGCCCGAGCUGACUCAGCAGAUGUUCGACGCCAAGAACAUGAUGGCCGCCUGCGACCCGCGCCACGGGCGCUACCUGACGGUGGCGGCCAUCUUCCGCGGGCGCAUGUCCAUGAAGGAGGUGGACGAGCAGAUGCUCAGCGUGCAGAACAAGAACAGCAGCUACUUCGUGGAGUGGAUCCCCAACAACGUCAAGACGGCCGUCUGCGACAUCCCGCCCCGGGGGCUCAAGAUGUCCGCCACCUUCAUCGGCAACAGCACGGCCAUCCAGGAGCUGUUCCGCCGCAUCUCCGAGCAGUUCACCGCCAUGUUCCGCCGCAAGGCCUUCCUCCACUGGUACACCGGCGAGGGCAUGGACGAGAUGGAGUUCACCGAGGCCGAGAGCAACAUGAACGACCUGGUGUCCGAGUACCAGCAGUACCAAGACGCCACCGCCGACGAGAUGGGCGAAUACGAGGAAGACGAGCUGGAGGAUGAGGAGGAUAUCCGCCAAGAGGUCCGCCACUGAGGCAGGCAGGCGCACACGGCCACUGCUUCUUUUCUUUCGUUUUAGCAAAAUAGUCUGUUUUCAGAUCACAGCUUUAUGGUCAAACGGCAACAUAGGGUCUACAGUACUUAACAGUGCUCGUUUUCGCAACAACGUAGAGCCUUGACUCAAAGUGCUACAGUGUUCUUAUUGUGGUAAAGAAAGAUGUAUAUUGGUACUGUAUUUACUUUGUUGCUAUGUUGACGAAAUAAGUUCAGCGUUUACCUCAAACGUCCGUUUCCAGAUCAUGUCCUAAUAAAACAAAUCUGUCUCACUGA